GUUGGGGGUCUAUCUUGAUGCCCUUCUGCAAUGGCUAGAAAUAUUGAACAACAUCACUAUCAAGAUAGCCACCACCUAUGGACCCGACAACGGCACACAGCUAUGACUUGUGUAAGAAUGGUUUAAUGCGGCCAUGCGCGAUGUGUGUGUAGAUUCGCCCACCUCGAAAGCCACUUGUUUAUCUGAGAGGGAACCGGAAGAGAAUCCGUGUAGCCAAAAGCAUACCGAGUCGCAGAGCUUUGAUUUCAUCAUCAUCCCAAGCCUCAACUCUGAUUGUGAUCAAGACCAGUUACCGCCCUUUAUCGCGGCGGUCGUCAAGUUGACCAGGAAAACGUUGAGGCCGAAUAUCAGGCGGGCCAGAUCUAGACGUAGUAGAAACUCGCUGAGCAGGUUAGCCAGCGGUCAGCUAGAUUCGGAUUUGUUUCGGUCAGCCUCCUGCCACGCAGGCGUCCGCUCAAAGGGACACAAGUCUGCAAGUUUUAAAAAUAUAAGAAAAAGUUUGUCUUACGGAAAGUUGCCAUCUGUAGUAGGACACUGUUGGAAUCGUGAAGAUAUUGGAGAUUCUGUAGAUACUUGUUGGAAUCGUGAAGAUAUUGGAGAUUCUGUAGAUACCUGUUGGAAUCGUGAAGAUAUUGGAGAUUCUGUAGAUACCUGUUGGAAUCGUGAAGAUAUUGGAGAUUCUGUAGAUACCUGUUGGAAUCGUGAAGAUAUUGGAGAUUCUGUUGACACCUGUUGGAAUCGUGAAGAUAUUGGAGAUUCUGUAGAUACCUGUUGGAAUCGUGAAGAUAUUGGAGAUUCUGUAGAUACCUGUUGGAAUCGUGAAGAUAUUGGAGAUUCUUUAGACACCUGUUGGGAUCAUCAGGUGUUCAGAGCUCUGCCUGAAAAAGUAGAGCUGGAUGUAAAUACAACUGAGUGCUGUUGUACGGUGAAGGAAGAGAUUUUGUCCCAACACACGAAGCCCCACCAGCAAACAAGCUAUUACACGGAGGACGUCUUUGCAAGCUUGGAGAAGCUGGUUGUGACGUACGACAUGGAGUCCGAGCAGGUCUCUGAAACUCAGAACAUCGGGGACGGGACGGGCUGCGUCAAUGACGCUGGGGAUACCGCACAGCUGAAGGCCGCCGUCCAAGACUACGACCCCAUCUACGAUUUCGCCAUCGAAUUCGCAAACAAACACGGGUAUGGGUAUGUUGUUUUUGUUGAAGGUGAUCCGAAAAAAGUUCGGCGGAACAAACCUAAGCGAGGCAACAACGCCGCUUCGACGCUGUAUGUGUCGGAGAUAAACAAAGACUACCGCUGGCCGGUGCGUUUAGUAAAAUCCGCGAAGACGUUUGAAUCUCAACGUCCACGGCGGUGCGGAUCACUGGAUGCAAGAGACUGCGUGAUAAACCACAUGCACAUUGUUGAGUCGGCCCAGCGGGAUAUCGCCAUGGUGAAGAAAAUCAGCCGGGAUAUGAACGCGAUGAAGGCGCUGCUAGACGAGAGAGCUUCGGACCAGGCCGCCAGGCUGAAGAAACCGCAGAAGAGGAGGUCGACGAGCCGACGGGCCAAGACGUCUCCCACAAGCACCUUCGUCAACUCUGCUGCCCCCGCGAUUGAGGUGGACGACGCGAAGUGCUCAACGAGCGCGGAAAAACGGACCUGCGCCGAGAAAACGAAACCGGAAGAGGCGACAGAAAUAAAGGAAGAGAUUUUGAAAUCCGCGCCGCUGGACACGUACAUGGAGUACUUGAGCGACAUCUGUCACAAGAUCUACCAGGAGCCGUGUGUUACCAAACCUGCCAGCAACGAUGGGUCCGAAACAAAGCAGAAACCCGACCAAGGAGAUGCCACAAGCGUUGAAGGGCCGACGCUCCACCCCGUCAAGUCGACGGAGGGCAAGCCCCAGAAAACAAACAGCCGGCAUGGGAAUCUGAAACUCAAAACCAAGGAGACCGAGUUUUUGAAAAAGUAUUACUCCAGAUAUCAAAGCAACGAGAAAAACCUCAGCAAGAACAAUGACGACGAGCUGCAGGCGAACUACAACAAAUCUUCGAACGAGAAUAACACCAAGGGCGUGGUGUCUACAUUACCACGGCUAGGGGGGAAAACGACUAAAGAGUACCGGCUGUUCAACUCCAUCUCCGCUACCAUCUUUAGAGAGACACAGCUGGCGCAGAAAAACUUUGGUGAACUGGACGCAAACAGCACACUUCCGGUCACCAGGAUAGACUGUGUUCACGUGGAAGAUGCUUCCCAGCAGACCAAGCACCCCGGCAUGAACCUGCCGUAUCAGGUGUACGGCAUCGUCAAGCAAAAAUCCCCGUCCAAAUAUCUCAAAUCAGCGCCUUUUAGAGAUUCCGUGUGCCGGACACGUUGCACAACCCACAUGAAAGGUUUGUCUAAUUACCGGAAUCCCGCGGCCAUUAUGGAUGACAGCACGAUUAAAUUUACCGGCAGCACCGGCAGCUGCCCAAACUUAGCGUCCCAAGUAAAACGCGGGCGGAAUCUAAAAUUGAUGAACCCGCCUUUGAAAAUAUUGCUGAACGUUCCUGGGGGUUCUUCCAUCAAAGGCGACUCGGCCGACAAGGAGUUGCCGAAAGAACUUAAGUCCCCAGACUGGGGGGAUGGGGUUGUAGCCAGCCCAUCCAAAGAGGAGGAAGGGAAUAGUAUACUAAAUAUAGACAAGAAGUUUUCCUCAGAUACAGAGUUGCUCGCAAGCGUGACCAAAAGAAAGCACUGUCUUGUUGAUCCUGUUAUUGGAACUUACGAUUCGGAUCAAAGUAAUUCCUCGUCUCCUAUCAUGAAAGACACCACGCCUUUUUUUCUUUCGGAGGCUAAGACCAGUGCGAAUAAUAAUAAAAGCGAGGUGUAUCACCCUAACCCCCACGACAGUCGCGGGGAAUGUUCUUACUCGUACGUCGAGAAGCAGGAAGGGGGGAACUGUAACAACAACUCUCUACCGGAGAUGCAGUGCGCCACGGAGAAGAAAGACGCCAGCGCGCAGGCCAUUCACGAAAUAUCCCAGAAUCUAAACCUGCCGGAGGAAGAGGGUAAAAAAUGUGUGAAAAGGUCCUCCGAGGAGCAGUUCCACUUACCCGUACUGGCGCAGAAGUCGACGAACACGUUAAAUCACCGAAAAUCCGCCGUGGGUUACGACACGCAUAUCCCAGCUGUGGUCUCCGGCGCCAACCAUUCCUCCAGAAACCUACGUCCCCAUGAGAUCAGCAGCGAUAUCAACUACGAAUCGCCUCACUCUCCCACUGAGCUAUUUUUAUGCUCGGCGGAAUUGCGCUCAACGCCGGUUCUUCUCGGGAAACACAACAAAAGACGCCCAACUCGCCUUUCUCCAGUGAAGAGUUCCACUCACGCGCAUGCUUGUUUUUAUGCGCAAGGUGACACACUUCCGGGGAAAGAUGGAAACAUAUUGUUAGCUCCAACAAAACUAAACUCUUUCUCUAAACGGUUCGCCACAGAUCGCAAAUCGGACAAUACUGACAAUAAAAUGAAGGACAUAAAUAAUACCGAAAACAAGGUGACUAAUAUAAAAAAGGGCAGCGCCAAGAAACUUUGUACUGACGCCAGCACUCAAAGACCGACCUUGAUUCCAAAACCGAAAACAAGCCGAAAUUCUCCGCACUGUCCGCAACCAGCGCUAGACAACCCACAAGAAGCAACUGUUCCUACACUAAAUACGUUUUCAGCGGAGUAUUAUCAUUCAAAAGAAAACGAAAACAACUCCGCAGACGUGUGUGACGAUGAUCAGGUCACGGACGGUAAACGUAAGCGCUCGUUUAAUUUCAGAUUCGAUCGUUUUCUGGACAACACGUCAAGGGAUUCGUCCCCGUGCAACAGCCGAGCUAACGUAAAUUCCAACGCCAUCCCACGCAGCAAGAGCGACGACUCGUGCUGUCGACGAACUAAAAUUUCUUACGACGAAGAACUUUUACGAGAAAUAAGUUCCCUCCUGGAGACGUGUUCGUCAGAGCUGGUUUUGCCCACCGGCGCGGCGUUAGAAAACGACAGCUCCAAACAGAAUGAAAAUUCAAGCCAUCUGAUGAACAGAGGGAUCCUGCUGAGGUCUCAGGAUGCGGGCAGGUCACUGCAGCUAAUGAAUACACACUGUGGCAGUAGGAAUCGCGAGACAAGCAGGAGCCGCAGAGGUCAGUGGUCAGGCGUCCAUUUUGACAGCUCACAACCGGAAGAGGACAAUAAUUUGCCGGUGGACUGUGAGGAAAACUUCACGAGUUCACAGUUUGAUCAGAACUGCCCGGCUAAAGACGGGGAGGAUGCUAGCAAGACUUUUCGACAAACACUCUCGCAAUACACACCCUUCUCUGUCCCGCUCUGCCCGACGACUGAAAACUACUGGAACACGACGGCAUCCGACCCCCUCCCGCCGCUAUGCUUGGCCGACGGGGUCACCACCACUGCUGACCCACGUCUGCAGAAUCAGCUUGGCGACACUGACGACAUGAUGGAUUACGAGCAGCCUAACGUCACCAUGGAAACCCAACCUGGCUUGGUUUCCCAUGGCAACAACCUGGACGAGAUGUACAAGUAUUUGGACUCCUUAUGGCAGCGUUCACAGUACCACGUGAACGAGAGAUUUGAAUCGAUGAGGAACUCGAUAAAUGAGCGUUUAGAGGAUCUGCAAAAUAUCGUUGAAAGGCGCUUUAGCAAGACAUGCAACUUGAUCAAAAACAACGGCUCGUCAGAGCCAGCCGGUGUUAUUCAGCUGAACACCACACAAAGUAAAGGCAAUGACCAGGUGUUUGGUCAUCCUUUAGAUGUUUCAAAGUACAGAAAAGCCAAACCAAGGAAGAAAAAGGAAUGCGUGAAUUCACCUGACAUGUCUGGGGCCAGUUGCAGUGCGUUCCCAACCAUAAAGUUCAAUGAGGUCCAGUCAGAUCAAGGUUCACUUGUAUGCCUCCCCUGCGGGGCAGUUCAGGGCGCCCUCACCCGUGCACCCGACCAGCGACAGGAGGGCCAGCGUGUGGACACGUGCGAUGUGGAGACGAGCUGCAGCCCCAGCGGCCUGGAGCCAACCACCAAACGCCGCGCCAAACCUCGCAAAACGCCCGCCACGUACGCAAGUGUUGUACAACGUCAAGGGGACGGGAACACCCCGAGGAUCAGCUACACCAAACGCAGCAGCGGCAACUCCCACUACCUGAAACACAGCCGCAGCUGCCGCAGGAGGCAAGCGUCUGGGGACACCUGCUGCAACCUGUGCCUGUCUUCAAGUCGCAGACGUCGCCAUUCGACGCCAGCGAGGCGCGUGACGAAACACAAAGUCGGCACCCGGCUAGCUCGACGACCACGCCGGAAUACCACCAAGACGGCAGUCAAGAGAAAAAGGCCCAAAACCUCCAGGGUUAAAGCAAGGUCCAGGGCUCGUCAAACUAAACCCAGGGUGUUCAGAUCGCCUAAACUGGCUAAACGAUCAACGAAAAUCACCGCCGUGUAUCGAAGAAAAAGGAGCGCGCAAGGAAAACAGUCGCGCGCAGCGGCUAGGAAUAAAACGUACAAUAAUAAAUAUGGGAAAACCCGUUCCACCGGUUCAUCAGCCAAGGGUAAGUCCCAGCGGGGCAAGGCUAAACGAAAGACCAAUGCGCCCAAACGCAAGGUCACAAAGUAUGUAGUUACACCACUUGGUCACAAGGCGAUGUACGAGAACCUGCUGGCUCAACACGAGCAACUCAAACGCUCCCGGUGCCAACACUCUCACAGUCUGAAUGACGGCGAGAUUGAUAAAGUCGUCGACGCUUUUAGGAGAGUCAUCUCUGGGUUUCCCAGAAACAAGAUUCAAAAGUUAGAAAAGAUAAUACUUAGAGCUCAAGUCAGAUCUCGAAAGAUGAACAACAGGGCGCGUCUAUCGCCCUCAAGGCGGUAUCGAGUUUGUGUAGACAGGCAGAAUAGAAGCAACAACACCAAGUCUAACGCAUCAGUGCAAGUCUCUGAAUCAUUGCAAAGUUCUGUACAUAACAGUGUGGAUAAAAGCGCCCAUAACAUGUCACACGACGAGGAGUCUGAUGACGAAUCGAAUCAGUCGAACAAAUCGUGUCGGCAGAAAGGAGAUACAACCGUCGACACAAAAAAUAAAGAGAGUUCUGAGGAUAAUUUGUUCAAUCCUAGCCCGCUAAAAAUUACUCGUCCACGUAAAAGGGCAACUUAUACACGUAAAAGAACAACUUAUCCUCGUAAAAAAACGAGUUCUCCGCGUAAAAAAGUUCCUAAGCCACGUAAAAAGGUGAAGUAUCCACGAAGAGGAGGAGUUCACCUACGAACAGUGGACUCGCUCAUUCUUCUAAGGGAAAAAAGGAGAAAGGAAAAAGCCAAACUGAGAGCUCUCGUCAGGGCUGCAAGCAAAGCAACCCAGACCAACAGCCCGAGGUUGACAAGGUCCAUGGCUGAUAAAACUAAACCCAGGCUGGUCGGCUCUCCUGAACUGGCUCGUGGGUCAAAUAAAAGCGCCGCUCUCUACAGGACGAACAACCGGAACGCUUUAAGAAAACAGUCGCGUGCAGCGGCCAAGAAUAAAACGUGUAACAAUAAAUAUGGGAAAACACGUUCCACCCGUCCAUCAGCCAAGGGUAAAUCUCAGCGGGGCAAGGCUAAACGGAAGACCAAUGCGCCCAAACGCAGGGUCACAAAGUAUGUAGUUACACCACUUGGCCACAAGGCGAUGUACGAAAACCUUCUGGCUCAACACGAGCAACUCAAGCGUACCGCAUGCUGCCUCUGUCACAGUUUGACGGCCCCUGAUGUUGAUAAAGUCGUCGGCGCUUUCAAGGGGGUCGUCUCGGAACUUCCCAGAAAUAAAAUUCUAAAAUUGGAAAAGAUUAUCCUCAGAGCUCAAAUCAGAAGUCGAAAGAUGCACAACAGGAAGUGGUUGUCGCCGGCUAGGCAGCAUCGAUGUUGUGGAGACAGACAGACUAGAGGCAACAAUACUAAAUCUAACGCUGCUGAGUCCUUGCAAGGCACUGUCCUGUAUAACUGUGUAGGUAAACACAACCCAUUGAUGGCACGUAAUGAGUACCUCAACCAAUCACAUGUACCAUGUCGGCAGUACACAGCUCCGCCCAUCCCUGACAGAGAUGAAGACGAGGCUGAUACGCGUGUGGCGAGGACGUCCCCGCAGAGAUCGACUCACCCAAGACCCGUGGACUCGCUCUGUUUAAUACGAAAAAAACUCUUACGUCAUCAGGACAAAACCACGAACGCCACACUUGACAUACCGGAAUGUCUGCCGUGUUUGUUCCCGGCCGUUGGCGGCCACCACAGUAUGAUCAUCAAAACCAAAUUCUCCGGCGGGAAUCCCGACCCGAUCCGUUCGUCAGAAUCUAGCACCGACCUGCGUAACCUCCCCCCGUAUAUUUACGUCAGCAGUUCCGCCAGCAGUGAGUACUUCUCGUGUGAAGAAGAUGUGAGCAGAGUCGACUGUACCAGCCGUGGUGACGUGGAGUCCAGCGGUCACUUAGCGAUGGAGAGUGGUCAAGUGCUCAGACCAGAAACUGUUGGGUGUACCACGGUACAGGGAAGCUCAGGGGCGACAGACGACCGGGCUAGUAAAACACAUUCCACAGUGGGCGAUAGCACCGCUGUAGCCUCAAACCACGAGGAUAAUGUUGUUAUUCAACGGUCAACGGGCUGUAGGAAAAGUAGCGCUAAUAUCAAUGUCUCCAACCAACAGUUCAACAUCACUGCCUCAGCUGAACAGCUAAGAAAUAGAUCUAAUAGUCAUAUCAUCAACGACAUCACUGCCUCAGCUGAACAGCUAAGAAAUAGAUCUAAUAGUCAUAUCAUCAACGACCCGCCUGAGUUGUUGGCGAAUAGGUCGACCGCCAAUGCCGUCGUCAUGUCUGAGCAUUCGAGGAUUGGUUCCAACCCAACAGCUCGUGUUCCUGAACAAGAGCUCACCAACAGCUCGACAGCAGAUAAAACUGUUUCAUUGACAGAUAGACCGGACUCCGAUACCCCUGUCGCUGUUGAACAGCUUAUGGACAGCACAAGUGACAGUACAAACAUCGUGCAGCCAACGCCUGUUUCGGCUAACCAGACAAGAGACGGUGCCGGAGGUGGACUUGCACCCGUCCCUGGAAGUUCCAGACCCCAGCUGAAGAAACCUAACGUGGUGGCUAAAGCCUCAAUGUGGGAAGGUUUCGGACCUAGUUCAUCUAAAAAACCGACUUCUUAUCUUAUGAGAAGUCCUGAACCAUCAGCCACGGUAAAUGUUAACCCUAGCCAAAACGUGAGCACACAGCGUGUUGUAGAGGUUGCUACCCCAGGCUCAGAUCAGUGUGAGGCACAGUCUGCCCUGAGAGUAUUGGAGCCCCAGGCUGAGCCGGCUAAACCCCAACCCAGCAUCAGCGAGCUGCCUAAUGUUUCAGCCAACAAUGUUGGGGGCGCGCUGAGUGAGACUGACCAGACAACCAAGUCUAAAGAACUCGGCUUACAGGACCGGGGAGCGGCGUUUAUACCAAGGACUAGCAGGCUUAAAACCUUGGUUUUGCGACAGCCAGCAAGUAAAGACAACGCGAUCUUGGAGAACACCGCCAACGUGACGCCUGUUGCGUCUGUUGCCGAGAACUUGGUGGGCGAAGACUCAAUGAUGGAGGAUUUCGUGCCUAGCACAUCGACCAGACAGACUUCACAACUUCCAAGUCCUGAACCAUCAGCCACGUUAAAUGUUAACCCGAGCCAAAACGUGAGUACACAGCGUGUUGUAGAGGUUGCUACACCAGGCUCAGAUCAGUGUGAGGCACAGCCUCUCCCGAGAGUAUUGGAGCCCCAGGCUGAGCCGGCUAAACCCCAACCCAGCAUCAUCGAGCCGCCUAAAGCUACAGCCAACAAUGUUGGGGGCGCGCUCAGCGAGCCGCCUAAAGCUACAGCCAACAAUGUUGGGGGCGCGCUCAGCGAGCCGCCUAAAGCUACAGCCAACAAUGUUGGGGGCGCGCUCAGCGAGCCGCCUAAAGCUACAGCCAACAAUGUUGGGGGCGCGCUCAGCGAGCCGCCUAAAGCUACAGCCAACAAUGUUGGGGGCGCGCUCAGCGAGCCGCCUAAAGCUACAGCCAACAAUGUUGGGGCCGUGCUCAGCGAGCCGCCUAAAGCUACAGCCAACAAUGUUGGGGGCGCGCUCAGCGAGCCGCCUAAAGCUACAGCCAACAAUGUUGGGGGCGCGCUCAGCGAGCCGCCUAAAGCUACAGCCAACAAUGUUGGGGGCACGAUGAAUGCGACUGACCAGACAACCAAGCCUAAAGCACUCGGUAUACAGAACUGGGGAGCGUCGUUUAUACCAAGGACUCUCAGAGUUAAAUCCUCGGUUUCGAAACAGCCAGCAAGAAAAAGCAAACCGACAACGCCUGUAGCUGUGAGCCCAACCACUUGGUUUGACCUGACGCCAAGUACUGGAGCUGAUAGUUCUGGCAAUGGUGGUGUCAACAACACUACUGAUGAUGCUGUUGUGACUCGAACUGCUGGUGAGGUUGAUCGUAUAUCUCCAAGCACACAACAUUCUCCAGGAAGCUUUAUGCCAAUACGCUCACCGUCUGUGUACGUAACUGCCCCUUCUAGUCCCGUACAAGAUAUCGAUGAUGAUUACAACAGCGCAGUGGGUACACAAUCUCCCGUGUCUGCACAUCAAAAUUUGACCGAAAAUCAAAACGCUUUAGAGACUGCUUUCGCGUUUUUAAAAAAGAGAGUUACGUUUCAAGAUGGUAGACCUUGUGGUAACGAGGAAAACAAUGUAUUAGCGCCCGAUGGAGCAAUAGCGCAUUCCAGCGGGUUGUUGUUUGGUCAGGCCAAUGAAUCAUUCAACAACUACACCCAGAUGGGUGAAACAAGCAGGGCCUACCUCGACUCGAUGGCUUCAAAUGAUCAGACGACGAGUGGAGGUGCAUUUCGCUGUUACAGAGGUUCUCCUACUGCCGGCGCGUCUUCAAGCGGCAGGGAAGCGAGCGAACAUCCGGCAUCGUUUCAGCAGGCCUACUUUAAGGUACACACACCAGGUCUAAGCACAACCUGGACCUGUCAACGGAUGGAUUCUUCCGCUACACCCAUGUCCUGGACUGUCAACGGCCAGAGUCUUAAUUCUAUAAGUCACGGGUCCGUAUCGGGAAACCCUGGUCUAUCACCGAGCCGUCAAGUCCACGAUCGUGUGCCGGAGGCGGAUACCUCCCUCGAUACGGCUGGCACCUCCACGCAAAUGUUAGAUGGCGUUGCGAGAAGACCCAGCGCUCUAGAGGUACAACGCAGCAGCGGGCAUGUGGACGGCGUCGAGAACAACAACAACGCCACUGUGUCCAAUCUCUCCCCGAUCGGUUUCUUCCACCAGGCAAACUGCCCAUCGUUCGCCGAGCUGGCCGCUGCAGGCUGUAGCUCGACAUUCCCAGACAAAUCCAACACGUACAGUUUCAGUAGCGAUAGCCAGACCAAUUCCAUGUCCAGCGAAGAUUUAAACAGCCCAUUAGUCAGCAGAAAAAGAUGCGCGGGUCUGGCACUAUCUCAAAAGCUGGCACCUCCAUUGAAAAUACCCAGGUUGAAUUUAUCCCCUUCUCAUCUUCAGUAUCGGACGUCGCAAAGAGAUGGUAUUUUAAUGAGGAGAGAAAAACUUCAACAGAUGCGAGAGACAAAGCACAUGAAGUACUUACACGAGAGGGAGGAAGAACGACAGAAGAUGUUAGAUGAGAAGAAGACGUUGCCAGAGACGAGCCGCGAGGCAGCAACUAGUGCACAUCACUCGGAUGCUGACAGUGAGUCCAGCGUCUAGAACCGUGUUACACGCAAUGUGUGGACCAUCCAUAAUCACCAUAGAUACAGAUUAAAUAUACAUUACAUCAUUCACAUGUAUAGUAUUUGUAAUGUCAUGCAUUUGUCUUUAGUUUUGUUGGUAGCAACGCUCAGUUGGAAUCUAAAUGCAAUCUAUUACUUUGACUAGAUCUGUAUUCAAGCUCUAUGAUUCCAGAAAACUUUUGUAUAUGUUUUUAGCCCGUAAAUUACGCUCCAGCCAUUUAAAAGAAUUAAAUUCAACUACGAUUCCAAGCAACACACAUUUCAAAAUCUCACAGCAGGCAAAAAAUAAAAUAAACAAUGACCACCAAAACAGAAUAUUCAAAAGUCGGAUAAAAACAUCAACCAGCCAGAAAGCAACACACAUUUAUUUAUAUUUUUACUAAAAGAAUGUACCAUAAUAAAUCUG